AUGUCGAAAGAGAAGGAGGUUCUCGCCGAGUCUCCCAUGAGUCGGAAAAUCCCCUACUGGCGCAUGGUGGCAGAUCAGGGUGCUGUGACCCAGGAAGUUAUCGAUUAUCAUUACCCGGGUUCUGGAACAGAAGAGGAUCCAUAUGCCGUCACUUGGAUUCCCAAUGAUCCAAGGAAUCCUAUGUUGUUUCCUAACAGCACAAAAUGGUUCAUCACUAUGCUUGCUGCCCUUGCGACGCUGGCAGUGGCGCUAGUCUCAUCGGCUUACACCGGUGGUGUUGCACAGAUCAGACAACAGUUUCAUGUCGGUACUGAGGUUUCGACCCUGGGAGUUUCGCUUUUCGUCCUUGGUUUCGCUAUUGGACCUCUGCUUUGGGCCCCUCUCAGUGAGAUGUUUGGCCGUCAAGUCAUCUUUUUCAUCACAUACCUCGCACUGACUGCUUUCAACUGCGGAAGUGCUGGCGCUCAGAACAUCCAGACCCUGAUUAUCCUUCGGUUCUUCGCUGGAUCGUUUGGUUCCUCCCCCCUUACCAAUGCGGGUGGUGUCAUCGCCGACAUGUUCUCUGCUAAAGAGAGAGGUGUUGCAACGAGUCUGUUUGCAGCAGCUCCCUUCUUGGGCCCCGUCCUUGGCCCUAUCAUUGGAGGUUUCCUGGGUAUGAAUGCUGGAUGGCGAUGGGUGAUGGGCUUCUUGGGUGCCUUUUCUGGCUUUGUUUGGAUUGUGGCCUCUCUGCUUGUUCCCGAGACAUAUGCACCGGUUCUUCUCCGCCGCCGCGCCGAAAGAUUGUCCCAGGUUACCGGCAAGGUCUAUCGCAGCAAACUGGACAUCGACCAGGGCAAGGUUAGCCUUAAGCAAGCGUUCGGCACCGCAUUGUCGCGCCCAUGGAUCCUCCUCUUCCGCGAGCCUAUUGUAUUCUUGUUGUCUCUGUACAUGGCUAUCGUGUAUGGCACCUUGUACAUGCUCUUCGCCGCCUACCCAAUCGUGUUCCAGUUAACUCGUGGCUGGAACCAGGGCAUUGGCAGUCUCCCGUUCCUUGGUAUCAUGAUUGGCAUGCUGGCUGCUGUGGUCUACAGCAUUAUCGACAACAAGCGGUAUGUCAAGACUGACGAAAAACAUGGAGGGUUCGCUCCUCCCGAAUCGCGUCUCCCACCAUGCAUGGUCGCUUCCGUCGCUAUCCCUGUAGGCCUCUUCUGGUUUGCCUGGACGAACUACCCGUCUGUUCACUGGAUGGCUUGCGUCGCGGCGGGUGCCCCCUUCGGAUUUGGAAUGGUCCUGGUGUUCUUGAGUAUCUUGACCUACCUCAUUGACACAUACACUAUCUUUGCCGCGUCCGUCCUGGCAGCAAAUUCAGUCCUUCGGUCGGUUUUUGGUGCGGUCUUCCCACUUUUCACGACUUACAUGUAUAGCGACCUUGGUAUCCACUGGGCCACCACCAUCCCCGCAUUCCUGGCUCUUGCAUGUGUGCCGUUCCCAUUCCUUUUCUAUAUUUACGGUCCUAAGAUUCGCCUCCGCUGCAAGUACGCAGCCCAGUCUGACGCCUUCAUGCGCAAGAUGGCGCAGCAGAUCAAGGAACAGCAGGGUGGAUCUGAAGAAGAGGAAGAGCAAGUGUCAUAUGACCGCAGGGAAGCACCUGGUGUUGCGGUGUCCGAUAGCAGCGAUGACGAAACCGAGUCUCAUAUUGGCGAGCUUCCGCCCGUGCAACAGAUUCACACCAAGUCAUCCGUUCGGACAGCUGGCUCUGCACGCCACUCGAUUUACGACGGAAAUCCGUACGAUAUCGAUCGGGUUAAUACUCGCGAGUCUUUCAAACCCACUUGA